AUGGCCCCCAACCACACAAGGUUCUGUGACUUAUGGGGUCAGGACAUCAAGCCACGAGGUUGGACUACUCAUCGGAAAGCUUGUGAGACAAAUGCAGACAAGCGGCACCGUGAUCAGGCCAUUGUAGAUGCAAUUCGGCAGGAAAAAGCACUGAACGAAUCUGUGCUUGAUGGACAAUGGACGGCUCAACCUAGUCGCGCUCACACACCAAUCGAGGCGAGAGAUUACCAGCAUGAUAUUGCACAUGACUUUGAUGUGGACUUCAGCUUGACUGACCAUUUUGAGCCUGAACCUAUGGACGCUUCAGCACCACCCACCUAUUCACUUGAUGACAUCAAGGUCAAGCAUCACCCAAAUAGUGGCAUCAAGGCGCAAAUCUAUCCCUUCAACAAUUUUCAUCGUCGUCCUGCAACAUCUUCGGCUUACACCACUCCCAAUAACCACCCUUGGCGCCCAUUUCAAUCUCGACUUGAAUUUGAAGUAGCCGAGCUUGCUCUUGAGGUCCGAUUGAACAACGAACAAACGGACUGUCUCAUCAACAUUUGCCAUCAAUGUUCUCUCAGAAAGGAUAGUUUUAUGCUGAAGAACCAUAAAGACAUUCACGGCAAGUGGGAAGCAGCGUCCCAUCGGAUCACAAAGUUCAUGAAAGAUGUGAUCUCGGUCCCCUACGACAGCAAGAUGCAGGAAUUCAAUUUUGAUGGGCAAACCUUCGUCCGCUUUGUAGAUGAACCUUUCACCGCAGAAGACUUUUGGAAUGUGCAAUCGCAACUACCACAGGAUGCAAAGCCACUAGCUUUCAUCCUAUACGCCGAUAAAACAAGAUUAUCAUCAUUCGGUACUGCAAAAGGAUACCCAGUUGUCGCGCGCUUAGCAAAUCUACCUACUGAUAUUCAGAACGGACGAGGUGUAGGUAGUGGUUACAUUGUAGGAUGGCUGCCAAUUGUGACGGAAGAUAAAGAGCAUUCUGGAAAGUCAAGCUGGGUCAACUUCGAAAAUGCAGUCUGGCACGAGUCAUUCGCGAAAAUCACCUCUUCGUUGGCAUCGAAAUCAAGGACAGGACAAUGGUACCCCUGCCUAGAUGGCAUUGAUCGGUGGUUCUUCCUUUGUCUACUUAUUUUGUCAGCUGAUUAUGAGGAACAGCAAGUACUAUCAUUCUACAUUGUGUUUUUCCUAACAAUAAUUUACAGGAAAUGGACACCCAUGAAGAACAAAACGAGCUUCUCAAACAACAUGGACUUCGUAAUAAUUCAUUCUGGGCCAUCCGAUAUUCAGAUGUACAUCGAGCGCUAUCGCAUGACCGGUGUCACUACAACCAUGGCAGUCUUUGGUCCCGUCAUUACUGGUUUUGCAGCAUUUCCCCGAUGGCGAAAUUUGAAGCAUCCGAACCAAGUAAUGAGUAUUACGUUUGCAGACAGCUCUGUCCAUGAAGAUAUAUCAAAGAUGAUAAUAUAUGCUAUGCACAACAUCCUAACAGAGGAAGCCUCUUUGCUUGGGUACCUUCUAGUUCGCUGUGUACGCCUUUACCUCGAGGUCGACAUGUACGCUGCCUUUGAGGUUCACACAACGAAUACCAUCAGCGAGGGCAGAAGCGCCGUUCAAGCCCUAACGGCAUUCAUGAAACAAUAUAUCACGGCAACAGAGGAGGAUGAUAAAAAUUGGAAUUUUCCAAAACUCCACAUGAUCACACAUCUAUUUGACGAUAUAGAGGCUAAAGGGGUCACAAGGAACUAUAAUACGAAGCCAAAUGAGCAAAUGCAUGGGCCAUUGAAGGAUUGGUACCAGCACCGGACAAACUUCAAGAACAUCACAGAACAGAUUCUUCGUAUAGACCACUGGCUACUCGUUGCGGAUGAUAUCCAUUGUCAAAUCUUUGACUUGGAUGAAUACGUAAUAUCACAACGCCAAGCAAAUGACAUCGACGAAGAUGCCGAUGAAGAUGAUCCUGACUCCGAGGUAUUGACGAACCCCAUUAGACAUGUUUUUGGCCCUUUGGAUGGGUCUAUGCAUGUGAAAUUCGGGUCGAGGGAAGCUCCGCAGACCUUUGGUCUCAUUGAGAAUUCCCACAAGGAUGACAUCGCAUUUUCCAACUUCCAUGUUAAGCUGAACUCGUUUUUAAACGUAUUUCUAUUUGCAAGCAACAUACCCCUACCAGAUGGGAAGAGAAUCCAUCUCUUAUCAACUCACACAAUCACAACAUGUCGACUGUUGCGUGUCAACUACGAGUCAAUGGUGGACUGGCGACAAUAUACCGAUUACCUUCAGUGCAAUCCAAAGUUCUUUAAUGCACCACGUUUCGAUUGCGUGUUCAUCCAGACCAACCAAAAGGUCAUCCUUGGACGCCUGCUCUUGCUUUUUGAGUGCCCAGUUGGAGACAAUGUAUUUCCACUUGCUCUCGUCCACCCGUAUGACGCUCCCAUAGGUGUACAACUUCGAAAAGACAAGCACCUUAACCUUCUUAGAGUUCGAGCAAAACCGCGGGCACAGGCAGAGUUUUUCUCCACCAGGUCUAUCAUCCGCGGGGCACUUCUAGUGCAUGACGAAAACCUCAAUUACUUUGUUGUCGAUAUGGUUGACACAGAUAUGCAGGGCAUGUGGUGCGCAUUUGACUGGGAUGAUGCGGAUAGGUCUGGUACCAUCCUACACGAUUCGUUGUCGAUUAGGGACGAUACCUUCAUUGUGAUGGCGGUGCUUGAUAUGCGUACAUUCAUGCAUGUUUUAUUACUCGUGUCACACUCGCACUCAGACACAGACAGUGACUCUGAUGGCCAGGGCAGCAAUCCUACUCAUAUCUCUAUUCCGGCCCCCAGCGCUUCUAAAGGGGAGCUUCUAGAGGUGCUUAAAACACUGCAGGUUCAAAUGCAGUGUCUUCAAGACGAGAACAAGAGCAUCAAGGAGGAGAAUAAGACUUUGCGUGCCGAGAAGCUGAAACGAAAAUGGCGCGUGGACACACAGCAUGAACUUAGCGUUCAUGAGGAUACUAUCACCAUCUAUGCCCGUAAGUAUGGCAUGAUGAUGGAGAUGUUUCCUAGAAGCGACCUUCUCAACAAGAAACUCCCAGAAGCUCCCACUCCAUUCGAUAGCCCCGACCAAUACAAGACUGUGGCAAUGCAGGACUCUGCAUUCUUACACGAGCUUUAUCAUCAUUUUCCUGAAUCGUUGCACAAGAUAAUGGAAAGCUUGUAUUUCAGCGAUAUGGUACUGAAAUGUAUUCCUGAUGCUUGCGCCAAUGAAAUCAAGAAACUUUGUGGCGUUGCUGGUGAUAUUUUCAACCUUCCCUCAAAGUAUUUCACCAGCACCAGCUUCGAGAGAGCCACCAUUCCCGAAAUCCAACAGUUACUUGGUGUUUCAUCUGCUGCAAACCAGACAUACAAGACUUUCCUGCCAAUCUUGUUUCCAGAGUUGAAGGAAGAUACAUCGCUGAAGACAGUGUUCGGGAACUGGGAGCUACUAGCCCGGGUUCUCAAAGCUUCGUUGCGUGGUGUUACCUCGCUCCACCACAGGUCAAGUGGCGGCGGCACGCAUACUAAUGCUCUCAAAUGGAGCGUUCAUCAGAUCAUGCCAGGAGCGAUAGCAUGGGCGGCAGUUAUUGUAAGGAAGAAGUCAAACAUCAAUUACAAGACCUUGUUUUACAACUACAAGAAGGUUCUUGUUUCGAAAUGGACCACCAGGCGUGUCACCUUGAUCGUCACCAACAUCAACAAUUAUGUCUUCGAGGCUGUGAAAGGACCUUCUGUUGACCCAUCAGCCGAACAAGAUCAUGCGAGUGCCAUCAAUCAUGCACUUGCGGCGCUGGAUAUGGACAGCAGCGAAUCGGACCAUGAAUCUGAUGCUUCGGCUCAAAUAUCUGCUGCUCUUUCGGUUGCUAAUCCACCUUCCAUUGUUUCUGCCACCCAAAGUCCAAGUGCUAUUGGUGCAAGGCCCGACUUCAAUCAUUCCCAACCUAAAGCAUCAUCUGAUAUUGUAAUAUGUGAUGCACCGGUUGCUGAUGUUGGUGCACAAGUUGUCGAGGAAAGCACACAGAAUGUUGGAGAUAGUGUCAGCACACGAGGGCGGACAAAAACUAGAGGGUCCAGAAAGAAGGCAGCUCCGCAAGCUGCAGUUUCUCGCACAACUCGGUCUCGCAGAUAG